AUGGCCGACGUCCGAUCUCUCCUGCGGCAGCAGCGCGAUGCCCGUCGAAUACAGCACCCGCUAGCCGCCUAUUCCGACGCCGGAAAGCUGCUAUGCACGCUAUGCCGCGAGCAGAUUCGAGCCGACAGCAUGUGGGAUAGCCAUCUGCAAGGAGCCAGCCACAAGCAGAAAGCCGCCACUGGCGCAAGACAAGCAACACGGGACGAUGCCGGCGCUGCUAAUCCCAAGAGGAAGCUCCAAGAGAGCUCUGAAGCCACGGAGUUCGACGAGGCCUCACGCACAAAGAGGACCAAAGCAGAGCUUCUAGCUGCAGGGCUCCUCACCACCGAAUCUGACGAAGACGCCUCCGAGCAGCAGCCAGCGCAGAAAGAUCGAGUCCGAACACCGCCCAGCCUGAUCCGCCGAAUGUCCACGACACCCUCGCAGGGUAUUGAGAUACAGAUCCCCUCGCGCCCAGCAACACCCGCACACAGAGACUCGUCGUCGUCGUCCACGCCGGGCGGCUCGUCGCUACCGUCUGCAUUCGCUACAGCCGGCGCAACAGCUGUUUCAAGUCGAAUGCAGAGCGCCAUCCCCGCAGCAGCAGAUACUACCACCACUGCAUCAGCAGAGGAGACACCGAUUCUUGCUAGCGGCAAUGGUGUAGAUGAGGACGAAUGGGCGGCCUUUGAGGCUGACAUUGCAGCUGCAUCUGUGCCGUUUGAUGAAGAUGCUACCAUUACUGCACCGGCAAUGAAUGCAGAGGAGGCUGCGGCGGCGGCAUCGGGCGAUGCUGAUUCUGAGGAUGUCAAGCGCAAGAUGCAGGCAGACAUUGAUAUUGAAGAUGAAAAGGAAGAGGCUACGAGAGCCAUGGAGGAUGAGUUUGACGACAUGCAGGAGCUCGAAGCACGCGUACAGCGCCUCAAGGACCAGCGUGCUGCGCUUCGUCAACGCGCAGAGAGCCAAGGACAAGAGACGAUGCCACCCAAACCGUCAGAUCUUGCCGCGAGUGCAGCUGGUGCUGUCGCCGCAAAUGGCACGGUAGUGGAAGAAGAGGAGGAUAGUGAUGAUGAGGACGACUUUGACGGAUUUACUUUCCGUCGCUGA